AUGACUGACGCCUUCCUCGAGGUGGGUGAGAGGGUUGGGGAGAGGUGGGCGCGGGAGAGGGGAGUUGUGGGUGCGGGGAUAGGGCUGGGGGGUAGUUGGGAAGGGGCUGGGAGAUGGUUAGUCGUGGAGGGGGGUGGGGGUGGGGAUGGGGGAGGGGGGGGAGGGGGGGGGGGCUCUAUUUCAUCCGAUGCCCUGCUGAACUCAGCCGGUUGCUCUACUCUUGAGUCCAUGAGUUCCGCCAACUGCCCCUUAACCGCUUUCAACUCCCCCUUAACCGCUGCCAACCCCCCCUUCACUGCUUUCAACAUAUGCCGCAACUCGUCCAACUCCUCGUUGUGCCCAGUCAGCUCCUCCCUCACUGCUGCCAGUGCCGCCUCUUUGACCACUCCAAUCAGUGGCCCCAUCGCCCUCUCGGCAGCCAUAGCAUCCAGUGGACUCUCCUUCAACAGCCCUGCUUCAAUCACCGAUCCUGGCAAUCAACCACCUCCUUCACUGCAGACUGUCGAAAGUAGACAACAGCUGGGUGGGGUGAAGGGUGCAUGUGAUGAGAGCGGAUGGGCAGGGAAAGGGGCGGGAACGAGGAGGGGAGGGGGAGGGUAUGGGGAUGGGAAAGGGGGGAAGAGGGGAGCGGAAAUGGGGGAGAAAGGGAAGGGAAGGGAGGGGAAGUGGAGGGGAAGUGGAGAAAAAAGCGAGGCCAAGCUGCACAUCCUCCUGAGUGCAGCAUCACCGGUCUCCGCCUGGUCGCCCUGCUCUCAUCUGUAUCCACCAUCCCCCAGCACGGGCUCGAUCACCUGCAUAGCUCCCCCAUGCACCCUCAUGAACGGCCAGAUUGGCCAGCCAGCUAACUCCCCACACCCUCCUACUUCUCAUCUAACCCCCGUCUACUUCCACCAAGCGGAAAACCAGAACCCCUCCGCCUUCUCCCAGCUCCCGCCUCUACUCCACUUCCCACUCCCCCCCUCUGAUCCUAUCUGUCUCGACCUCCCUAACCCCUCUCGGGACUCGUCCCUCUCAAUCCCCUCACCCCCUCCUCUCACCCCCUCUUUUCCCCCUUUCUCCCCCCCCCUCCCCCCCCCCCUUCCUCGUCCCCCCUCCUCUCCCCCAUCCAUUCCCCACCUCCUCGUCCCCCUUCCUCUCCCCCCUCCUUUCCCCCUCACCUCCCUCUCCCCUGUCCCUCUCCCCUGUCCCUCUCCCCUGUCCCUCUCCCCGUCCCUCUCCCCUGUCCCUCUCCCCUGUCCCUCUCCCCCGUCCCUCUCCCCUGUCCCUCUCCCCCGUCCCUCUCCCCUGUCCCUCUCCCCCGUCCCUCUCCCCUGUCCCUCUCCCCCGUCCCUCUCCCCUGUCCCUCUCCCCCGUCCCUCUCCCCUGUCCCUCUCCCCUGUCCCUCUCCCCUGUCCCUCUCCCCCGUCCCUCUCCCCUGUCCCUCUCCCCCGUCCCUCGCCCCUGUCCCUCUCCCCUGUCCCUCUCCCCUGUCCCUCUCCCCCGUCCCUCUCCCCUGUCCCUCUCCCCCGUCCCUCUCCCCUGUCCCUCUCCCCCGUCGUCCCAUGCUCACCCCUCCCCCCCCCCCCCCAACCUCACAGAAACAACACAUGCACUCCACACCACUCCACAUGUCUGCAUACCUCAGCACUCCACUGCCACUUGCCACACCGCGCCAAAAGAGAGGUCCUGAAGGGAUGGAACGAAUGA